AGCCUGCCCGCUGCGUAUUAUUGCAAUUUGCGGGAUUGCGACACGGAGUUGGUGAGAGAGUUACUGUGGAGAGACAGGCGCCUUCCCACCCAAUCAUGGCCUCAGCAGGUCUCCAGAUCUUGGGCAUGGCUCUCUCGGUGGUGGGCUGGCUGGGCUCCAUCAUCUCCUGCGCCCUGCCCAUGUGGAAGGUGACAGCCUUCAUCGGCAACAACAUUGUGGUGGCGCAGAUCAUCUGGGAGGGGCUAUGGAUGAACUGCAUCGUGCAGAGCACAGGCCAGAUGCAGUGUAAGGUCUAUGACUCUAUGCUGGCGCUGCCCCAGGACCUGCAGGCUGCCCGCGCCCUCAUGGUCAUCUCGGUGCUGCUGGCCGUGCUGGCCUUGCUGGUGAGCGUGGUGGGCGCCAAGUGCACCAACUGCGUGGAGGACGAAGGCACCAAGGCGCGGAUCAUGAUUGUCUCCGGUGCUGUCUUCGUGGUCGCCGGCAUCCUCUGCCUCAUCCCCGUGUGCUGGUCAGCCAACACCAUCAUCCGGGACUUCUACAACCCGCUGAUGUCUGAAGCCCAGAAGCGGGAGCUGGGGGCUUCCCUCUACAUCGGCUGGGCUGCUGCAGCCCUGCUGGUUCUUGGGGGCGGCCUCCUCUGCUGCACCUGUCCCAAGAGAAACACCAACUACAGCGCCCGUUACACGGCCGCCGUCUCGCAGCCCCGCAGUGACUACCCCAGCAAGAACUACGUCUGAGGGGC